AUGUACCGCAAUCAAUCAAGACAAGGUCGAUGGCAGAAUACUGCGUCAUCAGGACCGCCAGCAUUGUCCUCUCAUGCUGCUCCAAAUCAACAUUAUUGGUCUGGUGAUGAUGGUGGUGAUUUGAGAUUUCAAGCUCAUUUCGCUCGAACAUCAAGCCGCAGGCCUUCAAUGACACAAUUGCCAUCUCUACCUAUGAUGUCUGAACGUCCUUGGAUGCAACAACAAGCUGGAACAUGGCAGCUUCCAUGUUCUGGAUCGUUUGGAGAAAAUGAUGGUGAUGGACCAGCUACGAGGACACAAGGUCAACCAAUUCGAGAUUCAUAUCAUGAGUCAGACAUGUUUCAGAACGAGGAUCAUUUGCUUACUUUUGAUGAUAACGAUGCUUCUCAAUCAUAUAAUGGUCACAGAUCACCACAAUUCAACAGUCAGCCUUCAUACAAUACUCAGCCUCUACCACUACCUCCUGCUCGAUUUCAGCCGUCAGUACGGUCACAACCAUCACAAAAGUAUCCAUCGUCUGCUCAAAACCUCCAAAUGCCUCCUACUCAACGAAGACCUACGCAACAACAAAAUCCAAAUCGCCUAUACAAUCAACCAACACAAACCUAUCAACAACGAGCAUCAUCGAAUAAUUAUAAUGACCUUCAGCCUUCCUCACAAGCCUCUCAAGCUCCUCGUCAGCCAGUUGCUCGAAAUAAUACCUUAAAUCGACCAUCGUUUCCUCAGCAACAACCACAGCAACAGCAACAACAAUACCAACAACAAUCAUAUCCAACUGCACCUUCACAGCCAUUGCUGCGUAAUCAUGCGCCUGUGGUGCAAGGAACAGUGUUGAAAGCAGUAUCUGAACUCGGUGAACGUUUUCGUAGCUUGUUUGCUUUUCCAUACUUCAAUUCGGUGCAAUCUCAGUGUUUCGACAUUGCUAUGAAUACUGACUGCAAUCUAGUUGUUUCUGCACCUACUGGUUCCGGAAAGACUGUGCUUAUGGAGCUAGCUAUGAUACGCUUGUUUAUGAGACCUGAUGGUGAUCAAGCCAAAGUCGUUUACAUGGCUCCAACAAAAGCGUUGUGUAAUGAGCGUACAGUUGACUGGCAGAAGAAGUUUCGAAACUUGGGCAUCAAGUGCAAUGAAUUGACUGGCGACACAGAUUAUGUCAGUGUGGCUGAAAUCAGAAGGAGUAAUAUCAUUGUCACAACUCCAGAAAAGUGGGACUCUAUUUCAAGACGAUGGAGAGACCAGAAAGCAUUGAUGGGCCUGUUACGGUUAUUCUUGAUUGACGAAGUUCACCUGUUGAAUGAGUCUAAACGAGGAGCCACGCUUGAAGUCGUGGUAUCAAGAAUGCGCACUUUAGGAUUAGAGGUUGAAAGGCAGAAAUCGACUAAUCUGGAUUCAACACAGCAUCAACAAAUUCGUUUACUGGCCUUGUCAGCCACUGUUCCCAACAUUGACGAUAUUGCAGAUUGGCUUAAGAAUUCAGAUGGCACACGAGCUGAGAUCAAAACAUUCGGCGAAGAGUAUAGACCAGUCAAGCUUCAGAAAGAAGUUAUUGGAUAUCCUCCAAAAGGCAAUCCUUUUGUAUUUGAACAAUCUUUGGAUUACAAACUUAUGGACGCCAUUUCAAAGUAUUCACAAUCAAAGGCUACAAUGAUCUUUUGUUCCACUCGCAAAUCAGCACAAUUUAGUGCAGACACAAUUGCCAAAGCUUGCUCAACAGUAGUUACAGGAGGAUUUGGUGAUGUUCAUCCUUUCGUCAAGACCAAGAAUCAGUAUGAGAACUUGAGACAUCUUCGUACUGGACUGAAGGACAAGAAACUUGGAGACGUGGUCAUAUCUGGUGUUGCAUUUCACCAUGCUGGAAUGGCUUCUGAAGAUCGUCAAAAGAUUGAACAGGGAUUUCUAGCUGGAAAUGUUAUUGUGAUUUGUACUACAUCCACACUUGCAGUUGGCAUCAAUUUGCCUGCAUAUCUGGUGAUUAUCAAGGGCACUCAACAAUAUACGAGUACUGGGUAUCAAGAGUAUCAAGGCUUGGAUAUAAUGCAAAUGAUGGGUCGAGCAGGCAGACCCCAGUUUGAAGACUCUGGGGUCGCUCUCAUUAUGACAGACAGUGAACAGAAGAACAAAUAUUUACAAAUGGUGGCUGGAACAGAAAUCAUCGAGUCGAGUUUGCACGAGAAUCUGAUUGAGCACUUGAAUGCUGAGAUUGUGUUGGGAACUGUCACCAAUGUUGGUCUUGCUAUUGAAUGGCUCAAGUCAUCGUUUCUUUAUGUUCGUAUCAAGAAGAAUCCAGCUCAUUAUAAGUUGAAGAAUACAACAACAGUUAUUGCCAAAUUGAGUGCUGAGAAACGUCUGGAAGGAAUAUAUACUACGGAUAUGGACUUGUUGAGAAAAAAACAUCUUAUUGCUGUCUCAGAUGAUGGACAUGGCCUUCAACCAACUGAAUUUGGAAAGAUCAUGGCAAAAUACUGUCUCAAAUUCAACACCACUGUUGCCAUACUUCAAGUUUCAAAAGCCGCUCUCAAGGACGUGUUGACAUGCCUUUCAAAGGCUGAAGAGUUUGCUGAAAUUCGAUUUCGUGGUGACAAGGGCGAAUUAAAUGCCAUUAGCAAACAAACACGUUUUCCAAUAAAGGGUGGAAAAGUAAAGGACGUAUGUGAUAAAGUGACUAUAUUGCUCCAGGCUGUAUUCGGCUCUAUCUCGCUUGAAAACCAAAAGGCCUCCACGGAAUUCUCAAUGCAGACGAAUGCUAUCUUUAAUGCUGCUCCAACCGUUGGACGUGCUAUGAUCGAAAUUUUUAUGGAGAAGGGUGAUGAGAUAUCUGUGCGCUCCUCUAUCACUCUCUAUCAGUGCAUCAAUGCUAAGUCAUGGGAGAGUGCUGACGGAUUAGUAUUGAAGCAAAUCGAUGGCAUAGGACCUCAAAGCGCACGUAUUCUUGCCGCAAAAGGAAUCUCUACCAUGCCACGUAUAUUGCGUGCAGAUGCCCGCGAGCUGGAACUAGCUUUGAAUCGAAAUCCACCAUUCGGCAACAAACUCCUUGAUGCUGCCAAAACUCUUCCUCAAUUUACGAUGGUAAUCAAUCAAAACAAGGAGAACCCACGAACGCGACAAGCUGACUUGCAAGUCAAACUGGCUUUGGCAAACAAGGACACUUGUAAAACUUCCGGUCGAUCUCCUCCUUCUGCUAUCUUUCUGGUGACAAGUUCUGAUCAUCAAUUGAUUGAACACCGUCGUGUAAUGAUCUCGAAACUCAAGGACUCGAUAUCUUUCUCUCUCUCACUCAAUGCCAAUCAGCCUUCUAUGCAUAUCAUGUGCUCGUUAUUGUCCGAAGAUUACGUUGGAAUUGAUGUUCACAGUCAACUCGUACUUGAAAUCAAGGGUCCAUUUUUGCCAAACAGAAAGGAAUUACCCAAACCGCCUGUGAAGAAGCAUCUUGAUUUAACUCCUAUCGAACCAGUUGAUCCAGAUGAAGAUGACUAUGAUCUUCCAUUUGAUGAAGCAGAGUUGUUGCUCGUGGAUGAGGUACUCAAGGCAAAUGGUCUUGAACCAAUGGACGAACCACCUCAUUCAGAUCAAGAUCAUGCGGAUAUGAUGGAGACUGGAUUAGGCAGUGAUACUCAAUUUGAAGAGACGGUUCAGGCAAUGAUGGUCGAUGAUAAGCAAGUACAGCAAACAGCUCCACCUCGUCCUAAACCUGAAGAUAUCAAGAAUCGCUUGCUUCAAGAUGGCGCAGCUGCUGGGCUGGCCCCUGGAUUGGUGCCUUGCGAUCACAAGUGCGGUGAAAAGAACAGUUGCAAGCACUUAUGCUGCAAGACUGGAAUCCCUGUGAAGAAGGCACUAAAACGAAAGAUCAAGCCCUCUGUUGAACGCGAUCCAUCUUCCUCUCAAGCCGAGUUCUCUUCUGAGGGAGAGGACUCUGCUAUUGUCAAGAAGCCAAAACACGCUGAACCGAAAAGGAAGGCUUUCAGUCGACUAGGCAACUUUGAUGAUGAUGACUCUGAUUUUGAAUCUGAUGUUGAACAACAUGUGCGUCCCACAGAAAAACUUUCAAAAGUUGCAUCCAAACGCAUUGUUCGGGAUUCCCCAACAAAUGACGAUAGUAGCAUAGAUGUCAUUGAUCUUGAUACAACAACUCCAGAAAAUGGUCUAGUACUGUCUCUACCAUGGGCUGAACGUGAUAAUCUCAACAAUUUACACAAAAUGACAUCAGCAACAGCCCGAGUCUCGUCGCUCAGACUUGCAUUAACAUCCACUGAUGUACCGUCGCCUAUAACGUCACCCGGUACGACAAUGUCUUCAGUAUCACGACCUCCACUCAGCGUUUUCUCAGCCAUGUCCAAAGUGCAACCACAAGCACGAAAUGCAACGCUUACAAACCAACGUAUCAAAGCAACCUUGGACAAUCUCAACAGCCUACACGACAAGACUGUGACGAAUCGAGUCGGAAAGUCAUCUCUAAAGUCUUCUUCUGAUCGUAAUGUGGAUGGUCAGAAUGAUAGAGUAGACAUCCAAGAAGAAGGAGACGUGUCGCAAAUGCAAACAGUGCCUGAUAUCGCACCCAAGGAAGCUGAAUUCAAAGCAGCCUGUAAUAGUUUCCUGGACUUUCUCAACAAUCUCCAAGUUGAUGAGAACGGUCACAUGCAUAUGAAGAAAGACGACAAGCCCCAAAGGGAUGAUGAUGCAGAGUUUUCAAAGAGCCUUGAAGAUAUUGAUUCGUUGUUUAUGUGA